GAAGAGGAGUUUUCUUGCUCAGAGAAGAUCCGAUGCUUCUUCCUGCAGAAAGCCCCCAGAAGGACUCAUGGCCAAACAGGCUCUGAGGGCUUCGGGAGAUGGCUGGCUGUGCCUCAGCGUCGGAGCGAGCCGCUGGCAGGAGAGGCCCCGGAGCCCCCCGUGGUCUCCAGUGACCGGUGGCUGCUGGAGCAGGGUGAGGAAGGCCCUCCCAGUUUGGAGUAUAUCCAGGCCAAGGACUUGUUCCCCCCAAAAGAGCUUGUAAAGGAGGAAGAGUCAUUGCAGGUCCCAUUCACUGUGUUGCAGGGUGAGGGAGUGGAGUAUCUUGGCCAUGCGAACGAUGCUGUGAUCGCCAUCUCCAACUACCGGCUUCAUAUCAAAUUCAAGGAUUCUGUGAUCAAUGUGCCUUUGAGGAUGAUGGAAAGUGUGGAGUGUCGGGAUAUGUUCCAGCUUCACAUCGUCUGCAAGGACUCCAAAGUGAUCAGGUGCCAUUUUUCCACCUUUAAGCAGUGCCAGGAGUGGCUAAAGAGGCUAACUCGAGCCAUUGCCCGCCCAGCUAAGCCUGAGGACCUCUUUGCAUUUGCCUACCACGCGUGGUGCUUAGGAGUCUGUGUUGAUGAGGAGGAUCAACAUGCACAUCUCUGCCGUCCAGGAGACCAUGUGAGAUACCGAUUUGAGAUGGAGCUGGUGAGGAUGGGCUUUGACUUGCAGAAUGUCUGGCGUGUCUCUGACAUCAACAGCAAUUACAAGCUUUGUUCCAGUUAUCCCCAGAAGCUGCUGGUCCCUGUCUGGAUCACCGAUAAGGAGCUAGAGAACGUGGCUUCGUUUAGGUCGUGGAAGAGGAUUCCUGUGGUGGUGUACAG